AAAUGUGUGGAUGGAGAGUGACUCUCUUGGUGUGGUGCAGAAAGUGAGGAGUAGGAUUAAGGGCUAUAACUACUGCUUUGCUUUCAUCGAUCGUAUUGCUGAGAAGAUUUCGUCUUUUGAGUCUUUCCGUUGUAGUCAUGUGAAUAGGGUGGGCAAUACUAUUGCUCAUCUAGUUGCUAGAUCUUGUCCUAACGUUUUGCCCCCUUUCCGGAAAGCACUUUACAGCUUGCGGAAUUGGAUAUUAUAUAAUUUCUUGCUCGGGUUCAAAAAAAAAAAAAAAAACAGGCCAUAACUUGAUUACACCCGUGACGAUUUUAUCUUGUGCACAGAUGACAGACCUAUAAUCCUUGAACCAUAUUGGGUUGAGCCCCUCAAAGGUAUGCGACUAUGCGGUAUGCCCCAAUAUUGGAUCCUUAACCCGAACCCGCAAAACUGAAACUUCAAUCACUUCCUAGUUCCUACUUCUUCCUAUCGUCAGACAACAGAAGCCAAAAUCCCCAAAACCCUCCCAAAACCCUAAUUGAAAUCGCAGAGGAGAGAGAAACUUGAAACUUCAACAACAAUGGCGCCCAAAGAUAAAUCCGAAAUUACCAAGAAAAGGAAGCGUGAUUCAGGCAGUAAAAUCGAAGCAACAUACCUCUCUAAAAUAGAGAAGAAACCCAAAAAACUCACUAGUAAACCCAUUUCUGCAAAACCCUUUAAGAAGAAAGUGGAAAUUCCAGUUAAGGAUGGACCUUUGUCGAAAAAAGAGCUCCGACAAAUUGCCAAGGAGAAAACAGAGGCCAGGAAGAAGAAGAGGAAGAGACAUUUUACGCUUGAGCAAGAGCUUGCACUAUUAUGGGAAAAGAUGAGGCGUCGUAAUAUUUCCAAAGAAGAGAGAUCAAAGUUUGUUUCUGAGGCAUUGCAGAAGAUGAAGGGUAAAAUACCAGAAAUUGCUGGCUCUCAUAUCUCAUCACGUGUAUUGCAGACGUGCGUUAAACAUUGCUCAGAUGCUGAGAGAGAUGUAGUGUAUGAGGAGUUGAAACCACAUUUACUCACUCUCGCCUCAAGUACUUAUGCAGUCCAUCUGGUGACCAAAAUGUUUGACAAUGCUUCCAAAUCUCAGCUGCCACGCUUGAUCUCACUACUUCAUGGGCAUGUUGCUUCACUUUUGAGACAUAGUGUCGGUUCUAUUGUUGUUGAACAUGCAUAUGAAAUGGGAAAUGCGGCGCAAAAACGUGAACUCUUGAUGGAAUUAUACUCUACCGAGCUCCAGUUGUUCAAGGAUCUGUCAAAUAUUAAAGAAAACAAGAUUGUUGAUAUAAUAUCUAAAAUAGGCCUUAAAAAGUUAUCUGUAUUGCGCCAUAUGACUUGCGUGAUUCAACCUAUUUUGGAGAAAGGAAUAGUUGAUCACUCAAUCAUUCACAAAGCUUUGAUUGAGUACCUCAGCAUUGCUGAUAAGCUCUCAGCAGAAGACGUUAUAAAACAAUUGUCUGGAUCUCUCCUUGUUCGGAUGAUUCACACAAAGGAUGGUUCGAGAAUAGGGAUGCUCUGUGUGAAGCAUGGUAGCGCCAAGGAAAGAAAGAAGCUUAUUAAGGGAAUGAAGGGACACGUUGGGAAGAUUGCCCAUGAUCAAUGUGGAAGCUUGGUUCUGGCCUCUGUUCUAUCAACUGUUGAUGAUACAAAACUUGUUACUAAGGUUAUCAUUCGGGAGCUACAACCAAUCCUGAGCGAACUUGUUUUGGAUAAGAGUGGGAGGCGUCCAGUUUUGCAACUAUUGCAUCCAAACUGUCUGCGUUAUCUUAGUCUUGAUGAUUUGGCUUCUUUGAAUGCUUCAAUUCCUUCACUUUGCCCAAAGGCUGAAAAUGAAGCAAAUCACAAUAAGGACAAGCUAGUUGAAUCUUCAGAUAACGAUGAAGAAGAUAAGGAAGUUGUACAUGUCAACAAUUUACUUGCUAGUGAAGCCGAUGAAAGCAUGGAACCUGAGGAAGACACCCACUUGGCUGAGGGAGGUAAAAAGGAUCCUUUUGUCAGGAGGCAGGAGUUGUUAGUGAGAAGCGGGCUUGCUGAGAGUCUCGUUGACGUCUGCAUUGAGAGUGCAGAGGAAUUACUCAAGUCUAAUUUUGGAAAAGAUGUUCUGUAUGAGGUUGCUACGGGGGGUGUUGAUGGUAUUCUUCGUCCAACUUUGGACGAAAAAUUGACAAGCCUUUAUGAAAAAGUGGCAACUCUUGCAGCUCAGCCUAAAUCAGAUGAAUCAGAACAUGUUCUUGAGAACUUCCACUCUAGCAGAACCAUCAGAAGACUUGUGUUGGACUGCCCAGCUUUUGCCUCAAUUCUAUGGAAAACAACACUAGAAGGGAAUUCUAAGCUAUGGGCUGUUGGUCACAGUGCAAAGGUAGUUGCAGCGUUCGUCGAGUCGUCAGAUCUGGAGGUCCAGAAGAUGGCAAGCAAGGUGUUGCAGCCUCUAAUCAAUAGCGGUGUUCUUAAAAUUUCUGAGACUAAACCAGCGGAGAAAUAAAUCAUCCCUCAAAAUGAAUAAAUAUAUAUAUAUAUAUAUUUAUGUCCUGAAUAUUAUAUGAUCAAUGCUGUCUAGAUUAUACAACCCGGUGCUGAUGGGUUUCACAUCAACGAGAUCAAGAAUUUCAAUGGUUAAUCACAAGCGGCAUCACCCCUUACAGUCGGAAAUUUUGGUCGAACAUUAUUAUUUUAGUAUAUUCCGAGAUAAGUAUGUAGUUAACAAAUGUCCUUAUGCAGUUACACUUUUUUUUUUUGUUGAACUUGCAUAUCUAUAAGGGAUCAUUUCGGUCCAGAUUUUGUAGCUGAAUGUUUUUCCCCUGGUAUAAUACCAUAUAGCUGCUUUAGAUCCAGUUCUCUUUUUUGAAAA